AUGCUUUUCUCAGUCUCCUUGAAACUCUUCUUCUCCAUUGUCUUCUCUACACCCUUCCUAGCACUCGCUGCUAGGCUUCCUUCUUCAGAGGUCCUCGCCCGUUCUCCUUCCGGGAAACUUGAAGAUGGAGCCGAAGGGCAUCGGGAACUUGGGCGUCAGAUCGAACGUAGGGCUACUACCAAUGCCUUUCAAGUAGUUGGGAACAGUGGUGUAUCGGCACAGAUGAUGUUCUUGGGAACGGCAGACAAGGUCUACAUCUUAGAUAAAGUCGAAAGCAACUCCUUGCAAGUCAACGGUCAUUCGGCGUUCGCGACCGAGUAUACGCUUUCGAGUGAUGGGGUACGUGCGAUGGACGUCAAGACGAAUACGUGGUGCGCUGGGGGUUCUAGUUUGGGGGAUGGGAGAUGGAUUAGUGUCGGUGGCAAUCUCGGAGUGGCUGGAUACGAUGGUGAUGGUGGGUUUGGGGUGAGGUUCCUUACGCCUUGUGAUGGAGGCGAUUGUGAGUGGGAUGACAAUCCUGCGAAUUACAUUUCGACGAGGAGGUGGUAUGUUACAGUUGAGCCAAUGGACGAUGGAGGAGUGAUCAUUAUUGGAGGAUCCACAUACGGUGGUUACGUCAACGACGCAACCCGCAACAACCCGACCUACGAAUUUUAUCCAUCCCGAGGCGGGAUCAAAACGCUCAAUCUCUUAGUCAAUACUCUCCCUGCUAAUUAUUACCCCUUAACUUGGUUGUUACCUUCUGGACGACUCUUCAUUCAGGCGAAUCUGGAGACGGCGAUUUUGGAUCCUAGCAGUGGCACUGAGACCAGGAUUGCGGACGUUCCGGCUGCUGUCCGCACUAACCCAGCAGGCGGAGCGGCCGUUCUCCUCCCUUUAACCCCCGCCAAUGGCUAUACGGCGACCAUCCUGAUGUGCGGAGGACAGGAUAUAAGCGAUUGGACGCCGUCCGCUGCAUUGGUGAACCACCCAGCGAGCGAUAGCUGUGUGAGGAUCACGCCGGAUGGUGGAGGCAGCUGGAGUCAGGAUGCAACGUUACCUGAGGGGAGAACGCUGGGGAGUUUUGUCCUUUUGCCGGAUGGUAAGAUUUGGUUAGGGAAUGGAGCGGGGACUGGGACGGCGGGAUAUGGAUCAGGGUCGUAUUUGAUUGGAAGUUCGUUUGCUAAGAAUCCGAUUCAGACACCCGUGAUUUACGAUCCUGCCACGAGGUCGUUCAAUCGUGCGGGACUUGGGACGAGCGACGUUCCGAGGCUGUAUCAUUCUUCGGCUAUACUUCUUCCUGAUGGUUCUGUGUUCAUAGCAGGUUCCAACCCCAAUAACGACGUCCAAACGCGGCUUUAUCCCACUGAAUACCGAACGGAGAAAUUCUUCCCGUGGUACUACAACCUCGUAAGGCCUGAGCCUAUCGGGACGAUCCCGGGACAAUUGUCCUAUGGAGGAAAUUACUUCACGAUUCAGUUGAAUGGGUCGAGUUUACAGGGGCUGACGCCAAGUGUGGCCGCGACGAGUAGUCGAGUUAUCAUUAUUCGAACUGGAUUCUCGACGCAUGGGUUGAACAUGGGACAGAGGUAUUUGGAAUUAAACAGCACAGCGACUCCUACUUCAAAUGACUCGAUUUCGUUGUUCAUCUCUCAAGUCCCACCGAACCCUGCGUUGUUUGCGCCGGGGUCUGCGUUUUUGCAUGUGGUUGUGAACGGUGUACCAAGUAUCGGGAGGCAGGUGAUGAUUGGGAACGGGAUUGGGUCUCAGCCGACCUUGCCUGUGCAGAGGUUGCCGGGUCCUUGA